AUUCUUAUAAUUAUAUAAUAAUAAAUAAACGGCUGAAAAAUAUUAAUAAUUAUAACAGAAAUGUUAUCGCUUUUAUCAUCAAUGCGCGCCGUGGCUGUGCGUCAACAAACUGGAGAAGCACUGCGCUGCCUGCACCUGACUGCAGUCACAGAUGCGGCUCGAAAAGGCACUCGUGAAAAAGCACGUAAGAAGAAGGUUAAAGUAGAGGUGAAGAAAGUGGGAUUCAUUCCUCAUAACCAGCGUGACAAGAAAAUAAAUGUUAAGCGCGCUGACAAACACGUGGAUGACUCUUGGAAGCAGGUGUCUAAAGAUGAUGUCUACGUGGGUCGCUAUUACCGGUGGCCGGUGUACACAGUUGCUGAGGCCAUACAGUGUCAUCGAGAGACGCAUCACCCGAGCAUGUACAAUGUACCCAAUGCGCCACUCAAUGUGGAAAUUGAGCUAAAUAUGCAAGGUGAAAAGGCAACACGAUUUGUGGACAACUUCCAGCGAAUGGCCAUGAUACCGCACAAGUUCGAUCACGGCGAAGAUCGCAAGAUUAUAGUAUUUACAAAGGGCAACGAAGAAAUUACAGAAGCGCGUGAUGCUGGUGCGUCGCUUGUUGGUGGCGUAGAGCUGAUUAAGGAUAUAACAAACGGCGAGCUGUUGCUCUCCGACUAUCAGUACAUCAUUGCACAUCCCAAUAUUCUGGCCGAGCUCGUUGCACUGCGUGGUCUGAUGAAGCGCAAAUUUCCAAAUCCCAAAAAUGAAACACUAGGAACAAAUCUGGCCGAAAUGAUUGUAAAGUUUUCUAAUGGCAUAAGCUACAGUGCAAGCAAAGACGAAUAUCAGCAGAACUUUGGCUUGAUAACUGCCAGCGUAGGCACUCUGAACAUGGACGCACAACAUCUGGAGGAGAACAUAAGCUUUCUGUUGCAAGACGUCAAUACAGUACGCCCCAAACGCGAUGGACGCUUCAUCACACGCGUCCUGCUCAAGAGUCCACCCAGCAGCGAGCAACUGAAGAUCGAUCCAUUCGUAUAUGUAACUGAACUCUAUGAUAAAAACACUGCCAAAGUGAAGAAGGAAAGCAAGAAGCAAGAGGAACCAGUGGAGGCAGAAGAGAAGGCGGCAGCUGCCGUGUCAAAUUAGUUUAUAAUAUUGUUAUGUACUUACAAAAUCUAAAGCUUUAUUGCUUAAGGAUCCAUUUGUGCAUUGACAGUCAGAAUACAUACUUUAAACAUUA